GCGUCAUUCUUAGGCAAACGAAAACUUGGGUCUAUAAAAAACUGUGCUUCACCGCUUCACUUGUUGAAAACGAAUUGAAAAGCCAUUUACUCUUUUCUAACAUCUUCGAAGUUUCUUCAGACUUCAUCGAUCUCUCUCUCUCUUUAAAACGUACUUCAAUGGCGGAUACCAGCGAAACCCCCGCCACAACUACCGAGCGACAAAGCAAACCUCAGGCGGCGGAGAUAAUAAAGUGGGGUGAUGUAGAAGAUGAAGAGGAAACAGCCUCCACUUCAGAGGAUAAAGUUGCCUCCCAACUCGAGGAUAAAUUGACUAUUGACGAUAGCGAAAAAGUUGACAAAUUUCUCGAAGAGCCACAAGAUUCGAAUAUCCAAGCUGUUACAGCUGGAGAUACUCCAUAUACUUCUGCGACUACAUUUGAAGAUUUAAACUUGACGCCAGAGCUCUUGAAGGGGUUGUAUGUGGAGAUGAAAUUCAAGAAACCAAGCAAAAUUCAAGCUAUAAGUCUUCCGAUGAUCUUGACUCCGCCAUACAAAGAUUUGAUUGCCCAAGCACAUAAUGGUUCUGGUAAGACGACUUGUUUUGUGCUUGGCAUGUUGAGUCGUAUUGAUCCUAAUGCCAGAAGACCACAAGCCCUUUGUAUCUGUCCAACAAGAGAGUUGUCUAUUCAGAAUUUGGAAGUUCUUCGGAAGAUGGGAAAGUACACUGGAAUUACUUCAGAAUGUGCUGUGCCAAUGGACAGUGCAAAUGACAGACCAAGAUCAAGGCCACCUAUAUUUGCACAAGUAGUUAUUGGAACUCCUGGAACAAUAAAAAGGCUGAUGUCUCAAAAGAAAUUGAGCGUCACUGAUAUGCGAGUUCUAGUUUUUGAUGAGGCUGAUCACAUGCUGGCCAAGGAUGGAUUUCAAGAUGAUUCCUUGAGAAUAAUGAAGGACAUUGAAAGAGUCAAUAAUCACUGCCAGAUUCUUUUGUUUUCUGCUACAUUUGAUGAGACCGUCAAGAAUUUUGUAUCAAGGAUUGUGAGGAAAGAUUACAAUCAACUCUUUGUGAAGAAAGAAGAGUUAUCAUUAGAUGCAAUAAAGCAGUACAAGGUGUAUUGUCCUGAUGAGUUAGCCAAGAUUCUAGUCAUAAAAGACAGAAUACUUGAAGUCGGAGAAAAGUUGGGGCAGACAAUUAUUUUUGUAAGCUCAAAACGUAGUGCAGGCAUGUUGCACAAGGCACUUGUUGAGUUAGGUUAUGAAGUGACCACCAUUCAUGGUGCACUUACUCAUGAAGAUCGAGACAAGAUAGUCAAAGAGUUCAAAGAUGGUUUGACUCAAGUUCUGAUAUCAACUGACCUUCUUGCUCGAGGCUUUGAUCAACAGCAGGUUAAUUUGGUUAUCAAUUAUGAUCUUCCUGUGAAGUUCGAGAGUCCAAAUGAACCUAAUUAUGAGGUUUACUUGCAUAGGAUUGGUAGAGCAGGGCGUUUUGGCCGCAAAGGAGCUGUCUUCAAUUUUGUGAUGGAUGAUAGGGAUAGGAUGAUAAUGGAAAAAAUUGAAACAUAUUUCGGGACCCAAGUCGCCGAGGUACCAUCCUGGGAUAGUGAGGAGGAUUUUAAGGUUGCCUUGAAAGCGGCUGGCUUGCUGUGAUGUUGCAAAUCACAUGUGGUUUGGCUAAUAGUCAAGCAUGGAUUUGUAGAGCGGCUUAUUUAGUCUCUUUAAGAGUUGCAUAUUUUUGAUACAAGCACGAAUUUUUUGGAGUGGUCUCGAGUCUUUUGGAGUUGCAGAUGAUUUUAUUGGUCCAAAGUUCUAUAAUGACGCCUGGUUUUGUAUUUAAAAUAGCGGAGAAUUGAUGAAUUUUGUCUAUAAAAGUAUUUGCUGAACUAAAAUGCCCAAUGCUAUAUUUUUUAAUUUUUUAAUUUGAUCUCUUUGGGAAUAGCUAAGAAAAUGUUUUAUUUGUGUGCUA